AUGGCUGAAAUCUCGAUGGAGGGCUCACCCGGGCCCUCGCCGUACAAGGGACAACGCUAUACCCACCGUCACACACAGAGUCUGGGGCUGCUUUCGCCUGUGCCAAGCCGAGACAGCUUGCUUGACUUGACCACCCCAUCGUCGCCGUCGCCGCUGAGGAGCCCCACACCAUUGAAGAGGAGCGCGACACCCAGUCGCGUGACCACGCCCGUUGCAGUUGUCUCCCCCGUCGUUCACCAGCCUCUGCCACGGCCCCAGCCACACACACCCUCUCGCUCAGAGCAACUCCUUCGUGACGCCCUUAGACGUGGGUCAAUGUCUGCCCCACGCCCAGCCUCUCGCCAGUCCCAGACUUCAGUCGUCGUUGCCACACCCGAGAAGCGUUAUUACGGCGGUGAUGCAGAAUUCGCGUCGUCUUCAUCAUCGCUGUCGUCGUCAACAAGGUCUCAUCACCAACACCGCCCACGCACCAUGUCGGUCACGCGUGCCCAGUUCGAGGGAGAGCGUGACCCAGCCCAUGAGGCACUGCGAGCGCGUCUGGAGAGGAUGUUGGCUUUGUCUUCCAGCCCAGUGAGCGGGUCUAGCUCGAGGAGGGGCAGUAUGAGUGGCAGCGAGAAACGCGCUAGUACGCAGUCGGCUGGUCAACAACAAGACAGUGAAGCACAGUUGGAGUGGAAUGCGCUAAUCAGGGCAAAUACGGAGCGUAGUGAGCGGGAACGAUUGUGGAGAAAUGGCGUUAACGUUGACCUGAACGAGGAUGAGGUAGUAAUGCCGCUGCCAUUGGCAAUGACUCCUCGGCCAACCGCAAGACCUGCCCAAGUCGGGAGCCCACGUACACCAGCCUCGUCUGAAGAGAGAGAGGUGGUCAGUCCAACAAGAAGGCGACCGUCUCUGCAGAACUACACUGGGAUCGCUACUAUGUCGUCGCCUGUCCGAAGACACCCGAGCCCGCUUCCUCAAUCGCCACAUUCACGUUCACACUCGCCACAUAUCCAGACACGCUCACAGUCACCAUAUCGAUUACACACGCCUAGCAACGCUGCCCACUCGCCCUAUUCGCCUUCGCCCUAUUCGCCGACCACCCACUCACCACAUUUACCCACACAGCGACCCAAGACGCCCAUAAGACACAACGCCGACGAGGACCGGCCCAUAAGCCCAAGUGCCAUAAGCCUCGCCAGGAGGCAUACAUCGCCUGCAGUGCCUGCUAGCCCUGUGAGGAACACCUUCGCGUACGGUAACGUGCAGGCUGAAUCCCCGCGAACGCCGUCACGUGCAGGCUCAACAAUGCCCGGGAGCCCGUCGAUGCGUGCACGGGCGCAGACGGAGCCGGUGCCGGCGUCGCCUGGUCCCAUCCCAACAAAUCCCAUGUCGCUAUUGCUCGAGAGGGAGGCAAAUGUGGAUGGAGAGAGGAGACAGAGAAGGCACGUGAGGAAGAGCAGUGCAUAUGCAGCGUUGGCUGCGUUAAGCGUUGCUGCUACCAAUGGAAGCGUAGGGGGGCAUGCGGGGUAUGGAGGAGCACAUCCAGCCUAUCCAGGACUGGGAGUUGGGAGGCCACAGGGUAACAUGAAGGAGCCUAGUACCCCAGGGAGCACGCCACCAUUGACUGGAGAUGUCGAUGCUGAUGCUGAUGGUGACGAAGAAGACGACAUAUCUGAAGAUGAACGAUCGCAACCGAGGAGGCUAGGGAGAAGUCAGAGCCAGCGCCAACGCCGACAGCGCAAAAUACUGCUAACGCCGCCUUCGACGCCCCCGAGCGAGGAUUCAGCAUCGAUGUUGUCGCUUCGUCACUCACAUGAUGAUUUGUGUGCCCCUCAAAUGGCGACCGCCACGUUUAAUGCACGUAAGGCGUCGGCACAGUGUCGCCAGCUUGAGGGUUAUGUCAGCUUUGCUGCGGUCGAGGGGCUCGGGGAGCCGCCUAGUCCCACGCGGGAUGAUGAUGCGGAUGCAGCUGAACGCAGACGGUCUGGCAAACGCGGGAGUCUCGGCGCUGGCAUCGUCGGACUCUGGCGCGGGACGUUCUGGUGA